AUGCAUUCCACCAGAGGUGCUCUCCAUUUUCCGGCAGCUGAGCGCUCAAAAUUAGAUGAAUACCUACCGACCAAGAGUUCCAUUGCAGCUGCACACUUGCAGCCACUUCCUUAUGCAACACUAACAUACGCUACUUCUAUGGACUCUCAAAUUACUAUUCUCCCCGGGAUUGGGUCACCGAUAUCCGGACCGGACUCAAAGGCCAUGACACAUUAUCUGAGGUCUAAACAUGAUGCUAUAUUAAUUGGUGUUAAUACUGCAAUCGCGGAUAAUCCCAGUUUAAACUGUAGGCUGGAAGGUGUGGGAGGCUAUGGAGGAGGAGAUACUUUGAAGGGGCAGCCAAGGCCAGUCAUAAUUGAUCCAAAAGGUAGAUGGGAGUUCGGAAAAGAAAGUAAGAUUUUUGGGUUGGUUAAAGACGGCAAAGGCAAAGCUCCUUGGAUUAUUACCGCGCAGCAGGAAAGUAAGAUAUCAUCUCAAAAAAGAAAUUUACUGGACGCAGCGGGUGGGAAAUUCUUAUUCGUGACAACGGACGAAACUGGAAAGUUUUCUUGGUGUGAUAUUUUACGAGCUCUCCGCGAUGAAGAUAUUGAAAGCCUGAUGAUUGAAGGAGGUGCUGGGAUCAUUAACGAUAUGCUGGCUAGAAGUCACAAUCUAAUAAGUUCCAUAAUAGUAACUAUUGCUCCGGUAUGGCUUGGAAAGGGGGGAGUUGUCGUUACUCCUGAGAGAGAAAACCGGGAGAAGGAGGCACUUAGACUGAAAGGAGUAAAGUGGAUUCCCUUGGGACAGGACGUUGUUUGUUGUGGGAGAGUUUCUAUUCCUCAACGAGAAAUUUAG